CCGGCAGUGUGUUUUCCGGAAAGGGGAAGUGACGCCCUCAAGCCGGGCGUCGGGGGCCGGGCAGCGGAAGCCGGCGGCCGCCAUCUUUGUUGGGGCCCGAUGCCGGCGGAGAAGAUGGCGCUGGACGGGCCCGAGCAGAUGGAGAUGGACGACGGGAAGGGCGGCUCGGGGCUCCGGCAGUAUUACCUGUCCAAGAUCGAGGAGCUGCAGCUCAUCGUGAACGAGAAGAGCCAGAACCUGCGGCGGCUGCAGGCACAGAGGAACGAGCUCAACGCCAAAGUGCGGCUGCUGCGGGAGGAGCUGCAGCUGCUGCAGGAGCAGGGAUCGUACGUGGGAGAGGUGGUGAGAGCCAUGGACAAGAAGAAGGUGCUGGUCAAGGUGCACCCAGAGGGGAAGUUCGUGGUGGAUGUGGACAAGAACAUCGACAUCAAUGAUGUGACCCCCAACUGCCGCGUGGCCCUGCGCAACGACAGCUACACCCUGCACAAGAUCCUGCCCAACAAGGUGGAUCCGCUGGUGUCCCUCAUGAUGGUGGAGAAGGUCCCAGACUCCACCUACGAGAUGAUCGGGGGCCUGGACAAGCAGAUCAAGGAGAUCAAGGAGGUCAUCGAGCUGCCCGUGAAGCACCCGGAGCUCUUUGAGGCGCUGGGCAUCGCGCAGCCCAAGGGGGUGCUGCUCUACGGCCCCCCCGGCACAGGGAAGACGCUGCUGGCCCGGGCCGUGGCCCACCACACCGACUGCACCUUCAUCCGCGUGUCCGGCUCCGAGCUGGUGCAGAAGUUCAUCGGGGAAGGGGCCCGCAUGGUGCGGGAGCUGUUCGUGAUGGCGCGGGAGCACGCGCCCUCCAUCAUCUUCAUGGACGAGAUCGACUCCAUCGGCUCGUCGCGCCUGGAGGGCGGCUCUGGCGGGGACAGCGAGGUGCAGCGCACCAUGCUCGAGCUCCUCAACCAGCUCGACGGCUUCGAGGCCACCAAGAACAUCAAGGUGAUCAUGGCCACCAACAGGAUCGACAUCCUGGACUCGGCCCUGCUGCGCCCCGGCCGCAUCGACAGGAAAAUCGAAUUCCCCCCUCCCAACGAGGAGGCCCGCCUGGACAUCCUCAAGAUCCACUCACGGAAGAUGAACCUGACCCGGGGCAUCAACCUGCGGAAAAUCGCGGAGCUGAUGCCGGGGGCCUCGGGGGCUGAGGUGAAGGGUGUGUGCACAGAGGCAGGGAUGUAUGCCCUGAGGGAGAGAAGAGUGCACGUCACACAGGAGGACUUUGAGAUGGCUGUGGCCAAGGUGAUGCAGAAGGACAGUGAGAAGAACAUGUCUAUCAAGAAGCUGUGGAAGUAACGAGCAGCCCUGGGAGCCUCCCUGAGCCCCUGCAGAGCCCAGUGUGGGAAGAGGAACUCAAUCAAUAUAUUAAUUAAUCAAAUACAAACCCACUGUACAAAA